AUGUCGGGGUUAAAGGCAAGGAAGGGCUGGUCAUUGGGCCCACAAUUCUUUCACCUCGGGGGAAAGAGCGCUCAAGCAGAUUCACCUUCUCGUCACCUUGUCAUCACCAAUUACCAAAUUAUGAUUGAUCUCAUCGAGCAGCACUCGCCCUCACUUGCAACGUCCAACUUCCCUCCAAACGCACUAGAAUCCAAAAGGCUAUUUGUUGUCUACAACAAGAAUAAAGACUCUACAUUCCUGGUAUCCAUGAUGCCGGACAAUAUCGAAACGACGACGAGCGAUAUGGGAACGAUGACGGACGAUAUCGAAACGAUGCCGGGCGAUAUCAAGACGAUGACGAGCGAUAUGGGAACGAUGACGGACGAUAUCGAAAUGAUGCCGGGCGAUAUCGAGACGACGACGGGCGAUAAGGAAACGAUUCCGGGAGAUAAGGAAACGAUGCCGGCUGAGAACGAGUUUACUUGGGAUGUCAAGCGGGUCGUAUGGGGUGACAAGGCCGGAAUCUGGGUUCACAAGCUAUCCGAAGAAGUCGGAACUCUUUACGACAGGGGCGAUGUACACCCGAGCACAGGGGUUGUGAAGGACGAGGGAGUCGCUAAAGAGAUGUUUGAGUCGUUGGCUUUCUUGGGUUCUUUCACGGGGGACGAGGCCAAGGCCACAUGGGUUGGGGAAGAGGCAAUCAUGAAAGUUCAAUUGGGCCUCGCGUGGACUCUUCCAGCGCUUUGGGUCGAUCAAGUGUACUGCAAACUGCGCGAUACGCUCAUGUGGAAGGGACACGCCAAUGAAGCGAUGGGAAUUGAUCCCUGGGCUGGCGCAACGGAGAGAGCCCCCUCGGCUUGA